AUGACGCGGUACAUGGAAAAACACAAAAUAGAGUCUGAUUCUCCGCAGUUCAAGUUGUUGGUGAAGCUAUUGACUAUGGAUCCCAACAAGCGGAUUUCUUGUAAGGAAGCUAUGGAGGAACCAUACUUCAAGAUGGAUCCGAAACCUACUGAGGACGUUUUUUACAAGUUUGAUAUACCGUAUCCGAAGCGCGAAUCGUUGCCGGAUGCGGAUAUCAAGAAAUCCUUGGCGAUGAACAUUGUCGAUGAUCAGAAUCAGCAGGCAACCAACCCACAGGCUCGUGACUCUAGAUUUUUAUAUGAUCAACUGCAGCUGGAUUCUGAGCCCGUAAAUAAAAGGCUACGUAUGGGUGGCCAGCAGAUGAAUGCCAAUAGUCAACCCAUGUUCCCCAGUGGAGAAUUCCAUCAGCCUAUGCAAACACAACAUAUGAUUUCUCAAUCGAUGGAUAUGGGUGGAAUGAUGAAUCAGCCUCAGCAACAGUACCAACAACCUCCUAUAUUUGCGAGUCAACCCAUGCCCACAUCAAUGCCAGUGACUCAACAACAAAUGGGUAUGAUGCAAGGUGGGCAGCAGUUCCCACAUCAAAGUAUGGGUGAGGGAAUGAUGCAAGGACAGCCGAUGAUCAUGCGACAGCAGAUGCCGCCAUCAUAUCAGCAACACCCUCAGGGAAUGAUGCAGCAGUCAGGAGGUGAGCUGCAUUCUGAGUUUUGAGU